GAGUCCCUGGACCGCGCCGGCGGCGGCGAGCCUCCGCGCGCCGAGGCGGCGCGCGGGCGCGCGGAGGCUCCUCUGGGCCAGCCAGAGGGGCGCGCCGAAGGCGGGGCCGCGGCGGAGGCGCCGAGGGCCCGGGAGGAGGCCGAGCGGCUGGCCGCGGAGGAGGCGCGCGGGGCCCAG